AUGGCGCACCACACGAUAGAUAUCGCGCUCCGACCGCCGCUGUUGAGCGCGCGCGAGGCGAACCUGUGGGUCGAGGACGACGGCGACGCGUCCCCGGACGCGCCCAGCCUGCGCGAAGGGUUAUCUUCGUCGCCCGCGUCGUCGAGCUCGCCGCAAGGGAAGCCGACGCUCGUGCUGAGCCGCGUCGACGGCUGCGGCGAAGAGAUGCGGUUCGAGCUGCCUCAGGGCGCGGCGAGCGACGGCAUCCGAGCGAAGCUCCGCAAAGGCGGCGCGCAGCUGCGCGUGAGCGUCCCCCUGCGCGCGCUCGUCGUCCCCAGCGAGCGCUCGACUGGCGCGGGAGGAGGCGCGCGCCUCGAUCCGUCAAAUCCGUCCGAUCAGCCCCCCGCGACGAUGACGACGACGACGACGACGGCGCGCCCCGGACACCCGGGGGGCGGGCGCACGCCCGGCUGCGAGACGCGCUCGAACGAAACCCCGCGCGAGCGCACGCAGCGGUACGCCUCCUCGAGCGGCUCGGAAGACACCGACCGCGCGGACGGCGGCGACGCGAGCGCGUCCUCGCACCUCGCGUCGCUGGAUUUCGGCCCGGGGUGCGACGCGUGCGCGGUGAGAGGCCGCGCGGGCGAUCGAAGCGUCGUCGCGACGCGACGAAUCAAGCGCGGGGACAUCGUCGUCUUCGAAGCCCCCGCGGCGUCGGUCAAAGCCGGCGAGGCGAACCCCUCGGGCGCGCUGAAGCGCGCGUUCAAGCCCCGGAACGCCGACGGCUCGAGGCGCGCCGCCGCCGUCUCUUCCGACGGCGUCUCGAACCCCGCGAUCGACGUCUCGUCGUUGAUCCCGCACGAGUGGACGCUCACGCGCGCGCUGCUCGUGGACCCGGCCGCGCGCGGCGCGCACUACGCCGAUCGCGCGCCGAGGGAGUGGGCGGCGGAGUACGGGAGGAUACGCCCCGGGAGGAGAGACGCCGACGCCAACCCGGAGCGCGAGAGGCACGAGUUGCACGUCGCCAGCGAGCUCGCGGAGGAGAUCGGCGGAGACGUCACCGUGGACGACGUCGUCGCCGUGCACGCCGUCGUGUGCGCGAACGCGUUCGCGCUGGAGGCGAUGUGCACGCGCUUGAACUACGGCGCCGGGUUCUUCGCGGCGGCGGCGUACAUGAACCACAGCUGCGAUCCGAACUGUCUGUCGCUGCGGUUGGGCGGGAACAUGGCGGUGUUCGCCGCGAGGGACGUUCACCCCGGGGAGGAGCUCACGCACUCGUACCUCCCGUCGCAUCAGCUGCUGCUUCCGCGACGCGCGCGGCGGUCGCAUCUAUUCUUCGACUGCCGGUGCGUGCGCUGUCUGAAGCGCGCGCAGGUUUCGAGGAGGAAGAACGACCCGAUCGGGUGGAUCCCGGAGUGCGCCGGGACGAAAGAGCGGCCCGGGUUGGAGCUCGGCGGGGAGUCCCCGGUGAGCCGAACCGCGCUCGCGAACGCGGCGUUCGACCUGAAAACCGCCGCCGUCGGAGGGACGCCGUGGGACGUUCUGCAGGUGUUCAAGGAGGACAUCUUAGACGCCGCGCCGAGGGACGGCGGCGGGUGGUACGUCAACGUCGAGACACUGCAGGACCUCUCCCCGCAGGCGUCGCUCGAGCUGUUGGAGCCCGUGAUCGACGCGCACUGGCGCGCGGCGCUCGACUGCGGGAACGUCUUGGAGAAGCGGCAGCGGAUACCGCUCCCGUGCGACGUCGGUCGAAGGACGCGGUGCAGGCCGCCGUCCUCGGACGAGCUUCCCCCCGACGCGCAGCCGCCGGACGCGCAGCUCGCGGCGAGCGCGGCGAGAGUGUGGAGAGAUUCCAUCGCGGCGCUGCGCGCGCGAGCCGAGGUGGAGGGCGGCGGCGUCCUCGCGGCGUUGGAGCAAGCGCUCGCCGCCGCGGAGGUUUCCUUGUAUGCCAUGGAGGCUGCGGAGGGGGGCAGUGGCGGGAACGAAACCGCCGCGCGCAAGGCGUUACAGUACCUUGUCGCCGCGCACGGGGACUCGCUCGCGUGCGCGCAGGAGGACACGCUGUGCCUUCGCGCGAUGCCGGCGCAGUCCGCGGCGGCGGCGGCGUUCGAGCGCAUCUUAGCAAGCGUCGCGCAGAGCCAGGGCGGCGAGCGCGGCUUGACCGCGCCGUCUCCGCACCCCGCGCCGCUCUCCGCGCUCACGGCGUCGCCUGUGGUCGUCGUCCCGGAACCGCGCGCGCUCGGGCACCUCUCGACGUCCGAGAGCGAGGACGACGGCGGCGAGAACAGGAUGGAGCUCGACCCGAGGACGCUGCGGACGAUGGCGAACACGUUUUGCGAAGCCGGGAUCGCGCCGACGCCGCCGCCGUUCGGCGUGCGCGCGGACGAGGACGACGAGUGCGCGGGAUUGGGAGAGAUAGACGGGGGGAUGGAAGAGAUAGACGAAGACGACGACGACGCGGCGCCGCCGGAGACGGAGAACGACGAGCCGCAGUGGCCCGGGAAAGUAUUAGAAGGCGUCGGCGCGGGCUGGGAGAAGCCGCCGCCGGGCACGCCGCUUAGGGCGAAGCAACCGACGAGACCGCCGCCGCGACGGUCGCCUCGAAACCAGAAGCCGAUCAGCAGCGGCGACACGCACGCGAGCGAGUCCACGCGCGUGCAGCAGGUUGAGCCGAGCGCGUCGAACGGAUCGAACGGCGCGGUGAUGGAAAGCGAAGACGCCGUCGCGGCGUGGAACCUCGUCGCGAAGAACGCGAACACGCCGCCGAAGAAAGUCGGCGGCGGCGGUGGCGCGUUGCUCGCGCUGUUAGGUUCGCCCGAGAGCGACCCGAGGAUACGCGCGUUCGUGACGUCGCUGUUGGAGCCGUCGUCGCCGUCGUCCUCGCCGGAGAGCUCCGCUGUAGGGACGCGCAAGGCGAAGAAAGCUGCGAGAAUCGCACGCGCGCUUCCCGCGCCCGAAGUGAAGGCGUUCCCUCCGUCGUCCAAGUACGUCAGCUACAAGCCCCUCGGAAUUUCGCUGUGCUUCGAGAAGGGCAUCUUAGACUGCGUGCACGCGUACGCGGAAGGCGUGGACGGUUUCAACGCGUUCGUCGGAGAGCUGCCGCACGAGCUCAAGCUCGGCGCGCCGCCCGGGUCGACGACGACGCCCGGACCGGACCGCGCGCGGAGCGUCGUCUCGCGCCUCGGCGAGCCGUCGCAGAAGGGCGGGCAGGGAAGGCAGGUGUGGAUGACGUACGCGGACCUCGGCGUGAAGGUGGACGUGGCGGCGGUGGAUUGGGAGGACAGCGACGCGCCGAUUAAGGGGGUGUCGAUCUGGAAGCCGUGAUCGACGAGGUGUACAGUAUAGGAUUGAACUACGACGUUUGACGAUAAGCG